UUUCUAAAGCGUUCAAAGGACUAUGACAUUCAGGAGGCGUUGGUCAUAUGCAAACAGGAAAACUUUUAUCCAGAAAUAGUCUACCUGCUCGGUUGUAUGGGUGGUGUAGAAGCGGCCGAAGCACUAAAUAUCAUUAUUCACCGCAUCAGAGACAUAGAAAUGGCCAUCGAGUUUUGCAAGGAGCACGAUGACAACGAUCUUUGGAAUGCACUUAUUAAUGAAUUUAGCAAUCAUCCUGAAAUCGUGACGAAAGUUUUGGACGGCAUAGUUGACUACUUUAGCCCAGCGGUGGUUGUUGGAAAGAUAAAAAUGGGACAGAACAUUCCAAACCUACGACAAUCACUUAUUAAAAUGCUGUGGCACUACAAUCUUCAAGUCACCACGCAAAGACGAGGUCAGCAGGUUUCCAACGAACAAAUGUGCUCAUUGUGCCACCGUCCAGUACUGAUGCUACGUGGCGGCAUGAGUUGGGCCCUUGAUUUAGAUGACUUUCGUGGACUUUGCGGUUGCGGCAAGCACCCAUUACUUAGGACUCUUAAUCAGGAGCUGCUAGGCAUUUCUGGACAAAAAGCUAAGGACUGCACUUAAUACGUUUUGCACAAAAGCUUGACUACAGGUCACAGAUUACAGAUCUAUUUUAAUUUAUUUUGUAAAACCUCAUAUUUGCCAAAUAAACUAGCGUCAAAGUUUUGAAACAUUUUAAA